CACAGGGCGGCGCGUUUGCUGACGUCACGGCGCGCGCCGGAAAUGCCUCCCUGGGAUCGCGGCGGCGAGCGGACUACUACAUUCGCGGGUUUUCCCGGCCGCAGGGAGUCGUGGCUUGCAGAAGAGAUGAAAUGUGGUCUGAGGGACGGUAUGACUAUGAAAGACUUCCAAGAGAACGAGCACCUCCUCGGAAUCACCCCAGUGAUGGCUACAAUAGAGUAGUUAAUAUUGUGCCAAAGAAACCACCACUGCUAGAAAAGAAACCACCACUGCUAGAAAAGAGACCACCACUGCUAGAAAAGAGACCACCACUGCUAGAAAAGAAACCACCACUGCUAGACAGACCUGGUGAAGGAAGCUACAAUAGAUAUUACAGUCAUGUUGAGUACCGAGACUAUGACGAGGGCCGCAGUUUUUCUCAUGAUCGAAGAAGUGGGCCACCACACAGAGGAGAUGAAUCUGGCUAUAGGUGGGCAAGAGAUGAUCAUUCUGCAAGCCGACAGCCUGAGUACAGGUCCAUAGCAAUGGAGCAAGCCAUCCAUGAACUGAAACCUCUGAAACUGUGAGCUAAAUGUUUAUAUCCUUUAAGUUGCUUUCCCUCGGUAUUUAAUGUCACAGCAGUGAAAUACCUGCCAAUACAGAAAAUUUGUACCAGGAGUGGAGUUGUCGCUGUGACUAUCUGGCCAUGUGGUUCCUGAGCUAUUAGAAAUGGUUUAUGGGAGGAAAGGCAGGCUAGAAAAAACUUCAAAGGCUUUAAGUGAAGCUUAAUGGGUGAUUUUGUUGUGAGCCCAACAGAUCACAAUACCAGUAGCAAAGUGAAUGUAAGUGGAAAGCAGUUUGGACCCAAGGCCUAAACUACUGGGAUUGCACAUGCCAGGUCCACCCACUAGCCGCUC